AGGAUCCUCUCCUUUAUUCUUGUACCCUGACUGCAAGGAGGUGCCUUCUGUGGACACUCCUGCUCUCUCCCACUCCCACCUUCCCGAUGUAUUAAGAAGCCUCAGGUGAGCGAUGGCAGGCGCUGGUGAGCGCAAAGGCAAGAAAGAUGACAAUGGCAUUGGCACGGCCAUUGAUUUUGUGCUCUCCAAUGCCCGGCUGGUGCUGGGGGUGGGUGGAGCGGCCAUGCUGGGCAUCGCCACGCUGGCGGUUAAGCGGAUGUACGAUCGGGCAAUCAGUGCCCCUACAAGCCCCACUCGCCUGAGCCAUUCAGGGAAAAGGAGCUGGGAAGAACCAAACUGGAUGGGCUCCCCACGAUUGCUGAGCAGGGACAUGAAGACAGGCCUGAGCCGGUCCCUGCAGACCCUCCCCACAGACUCCUCGGUCUUUGACACAGAUACAUUCUGCCCGCCCCGGCCCAAGCCAUUGGCCAGGAAGGGCCAGGUAGACUUGAAGAAGUCACGACUCCGCAUGUCCCUGCAGGAGAAACUUCUUUCUUACUACCGGAACCGGGCAGCCAUCCCUGCUGGAGAGCAGGCUCGAGCCAAGCAAGCUGCCGUGGACAUAUGUGCUGAGCUCCGGGGCUUCCUACGGGCCAAGCUGCCUGACAUGCCACUUCGGGAGAUGUACUUGAGUGGCAGCCUCUAUGAUGACCUGCAGGUGGUGACAGCUGACCAUAUCCAACUCAUUGUGCCCCUCGUGUUGGAGCAGAACCUGUGGUCUUGCAUCCCUGGCGAGGAUACUAUCAUGAACAUCCCUGGCUUCUUCCUGGUUCGUCGAGAGAACCCAGAGUACUUUCCUCGUGGCAGCAGUUACUGGGACCGCUGUGUAGUAGGGGGUUACCUCUCCCCAAAGACAGUGGCAGACACAUUUGAGAAGGUCGUGGCUGGCUCCAUCAAUUGGCCAGCCAUAGGGUCCCUCUUGGACUAUGUGAUCCGACCAGCACCACCCCCAGAGGCCCUGACGCUAGAAGUGCAGUAUGAGCGGGACAAACAUCUUGUCAUUGACUUCCUGCCAUCGGUGACCCUUGGUGACACUGUCUUGGUGGCCAGACCACACCGGCUAGCCCAGUAUGACAACCUGUGGCGGCUGAGCUUGCGUCCAGCCGAGACGGCACGCCUGCGGGCUUUGGACCAGGCAGACUCGGGCUGCCGAUCUCUGUGCCUCAAGAUUCUCAAGGCCAUAUGCAAGUCCACCCCAGCUCUGGGCCACCUCACUGCCAGUCAGCUAACCAAUGUCAUCCUCCACUUGGCCCAGGAGGAGGCUGACUGGUCUUCAGACGUGCUGGCCGAUCGUUUCCUGCAGGCGCUGAGGGGACUCAUCCGCUACUUAGAGGCUGGAGUCCUGCCCAGUGCCCUGAACCCCAAGGUGAACUUAUUUGCAGAGCUCACUCCUGAGGAAAUCGAUGAGUUGGGAUACACUCUCUACUGCUCCUUGUCUGAGCCAGAGGUGCUGCUACAGACCUAAGUACAGGUGAAGGCCAAAGCAGCUGUCCGGUUCAGGCCCUGGAUUCUCCGUUAGAAACAUGUGGCUACAUAGUUGGUGCCUCACAGGGUCCCUAGGUGCCUCCUGGUUCUUGCUGGUCAUUGUCCUGGUCGCUUCAUGCUGAUUAGAAUGUCAUCUCUUUGGUUCCCUAUUUUCUUACCCAGCCCUACCUAUUUUUGUUACCAAACACUGUGCUCUCUACUCCCUCCUUGGUCCCAGCUGAUACUUCCAGAAUGAAUUGGGACGAUAGAGUGCUGGCCUGAGCUGUUGAGGCCACUUGGUGUUUUGUAUUUUGUCCCAGUUUUCCUGCUUUGUGUGCCCUGUGCUGCCCUUUUACCCCUUCCUAUUUAGUGCCUGUCUUUUCCUCUCUUCUGUUUCAUGCCUUCUGUUUGGCUUUUGUCCCGGAGCAUAACUACCUAAUCAAGAUGUUGCCUUUCAGUUAAAUAUCACAGAAGCACUGUGAUUACAGAUGUGCAAGCUCAACUCUGCAGAGUGAGCACUGAGACAGUAUUUAGGGUUUCUAGGGGUGAGGCGGGUGGAAUAGCUGGGUCUUUGACCGUGGUUCCUAGAAAACAAGCCCAGUCCCUCACCCCCUCAACCAACUUUUCAUAAAUGCCAAGAACAUUUCUCCUGGGGACACUGUUACUGACUCACACAGGAUAAUACGAUGCAGUUAUUUGGAGUUUUUAUUUAUUAGCUGUCAUCAAUGAGUGCACAGGGCGGCCAGGAGCUGGUUCUUCGGGCCUAGCGGAGGGCCUGCAUGCUGUCUGUAUCUCAUCUGUGGCUGCCAUUUAGAUAAAGAAGGGACAGCAGCUGCAAGGCAGCACCUCAUGUGGAUGCUGUUUCAUCCCUUUUUUAUUACCAGUAGGACAAGGCCUUGAAGGAACACAGGCUUAGCGGUAGAAGCUGAAGGAGGUGGACAGCAGGCUGUCACCUGGAAAAUCCAGUUGCCACUGAGGGCCCAGUGAACAUGUUUUGUCCUCUGAAAGGACUUGCCUUUCUAGCAUGUUGCCUUAGAGCAAGAACAGGGCCCAGCAGCUAGCUGCGUUUCCCCUGUCUGCUGCAGCAUUGGAAAGGUGUUUGCUGAGCUCUCCUGGUACCCAGAGAGGCCAAAGGGCAGGUGAAUUGGCACAGCCCUCUUUCCCCAUCCAGUCUGUCACCCUGCACCUGGGGAGAUCGGUGCUACCCAGGAAGAGAGAGCACAGAGUGAGUCCCAGGAGGAGGAGGGUACUGCCCACGUUUUUUCUUGGUUCCUGCUGCUAAAAACUGCACUAUUUAUGGCAGUGCAAAUGUAUCCCGAGGGUGGGGAGGAGUGUUCUAAUACACCAUGUCUGUGUCUUGUGUUUUUCUAUUUGUGGCAAAAAAGCUGACAGUUUUAUUUCUGAUCUGCCCAUCCAGUAUUUUGUUCUCAUUGAGCCUUAUUUUAUCUAUUCUUACUACCUCUCCAUCAGGGAGAUUGUGUGUCCUCUGCAGCUGUCUCAUUCCUUUCCACUGACAGUGACACGAAUGACUUCAAAUAG